CUCUCAAUACGAUUGGAUUUCCUCUAUCUGAGAUAGAGAUGUACGGAAGUAGCAUGCAAUUGUAUUACUAAGCAACAGAAACCACCGCAUACCGGCGAAUUGAUAAAAACGUCGUUAAAUUUAAUGAUCGACUCUAGUCGCAUUCGCAAAACAAAUGCCAAAACAGCCUUAACUCUGACUUUGCACAUCGAUGUCGUUUCAUUUAUGCGGUGAUAACUUAUUCUAGCAUCAACAAAACCAAACAGGUUGCUGUAGGUAUGAAUAAUUUAAAAAAUCCUGCCUCGUCUGCGAAAGAAAUGCACGCGAAUAAUCCCCAAGAGUCUCACUGUGGAACCGAUGUGGCACGUGCACGAUGGGCUCUUCUGCGACAGGUUUUGAAGCAGAAACAACUGGACAGUUGUGAUGUUCAGCAGGUGUCCGUGCGCAGAUUCUCCACCUUUAACCUGUUCUCCAGGAGCAGGAUCACUCCCACAGAAACAUGUGACCCAUCAGACGGCCAGUGGGUCGAGUACAGAAGUGCAAUCUAUCCCGAGUAUAGUGCCUUACUUAGAGACAAUCUUGGCCCCAUUCGAGUGGAUGAGGUGCUCAACAGCUUUGACAACACCGGAAAUGUCUGUGUUUGGCCCUCUGAAGAGGUGAUGGCCUACUAUUGCCUGAAGAAACGUCACAUGUUUACGGGCUCGUCGGUGUGUGAGUUGGGUGGAGGAAUGACAUGUCUUGCUGGACUCAUGAUUGCGGUUUGUGCUGAUGCAAAGGACGUUCUGCUGUCGGAUGGAAACGAAAAGGCGAUUCAAAAUGUGCGCAGUGUUAUAGAGAGAAACAGACGAGAUGGGCUGUUCCUGUCGUCCAAUGUGUCCACCAGUGUCGUGAGAUGGGACAAUGAGGCUGACGUGUCUGCUCUGGAGGGUCGCUUUGACGUGGUGAUGUGCGCUGACUGCCUGUUUCUUGACCAGUACAGAGGCAGUCUGGUUGAUGCACUAAGAAGAUUACUGCGACCUGAUGGCACAGCUGUAGUGUUUGCCCCUACCAGAGGAGACACACUGGCUGAAUUCUGCAGACUGGCAGAGGGCGCAGGUCUGUGCGUGUGUCGCUAUGAAAACUACGACUCUCACUUGUGGGACCUUCACCUGAAGAUGCAGAGAGAGACCAAGGAGGUGUAUGAUAGCAACAUCCACUAUCCUGUCCUCCUGACUCUAACUCAUGGCUCCAGUCCGGCCCUGAUCUGAGCUGGAAAAAGCCAUCUCAUGCCAGGUUGCCUUUCUGUACGGCCCACCCCGGCUUUGCCACUGUGUGUGUGCCAGACCUUAAGGGACUCUUAUGACACUUUUCAACUCUGCUAACUUUCCUCUUUGAGUACUGAGCUCGAUGAAUGUGUGUACUUUUAAAACGUACCGUGUGUGUGUAUCUGACUUGCCAUGUGUGUGGGUGCUUGACCAGUUUACUGUGCAAUAAAAUACGCUAAAUUGGGAUGGAGAGCACAUCUGCAAACACUGCAAAAAGUGUAGAUGUGAAGAUCAGAUGUGUAAGUGUGCAUGGAGCAGAGAUGGUGUUUCAGGGCAUGAGAUCAUUAAAUGUAUGAUUUUCAGUCUGGAGGUUAAUGCAGAUGAUCAGGUUUGCAUGAUAAAAUUUGAGACCCAUAUAAGAAAGUAGGGUCGUCUUGAUCACAAGGUCUUGUUGUUGUAGGAUGAAAGCUAUCAGUUUUAUACAGGCUGCUGGUUUUGUGUCUGCUUGAAGGUUUUAUUUUGACACCAAAGGUUAUGAGGUGUUAAGAUUGAUGCUGCUGUGCCGAAUGCUAUUCGCUUCACUGUGAAAUGUGCUCUCACUUGUCAUUUUUUUUUAUCUAAGCACUGACCAUGAUACGUUAGGUCAGACUAAGAAUUGAUGUCCUCACAGCAUCACACUACCAACAGUAAGGUAGCAUGCACACCAAAGGGUAUACGCUGGCUUAUGUUUUCAAUUGUUUUCAAUGGAAGCGUGGCAAUUUUUAAAAAAGCCAGCAGCUGGCGGGUUUUAUCCGCUCUGAGCGCCGAUACUCUUACUGAGAAUUCAGAAAUGUUUAAGUUUGGGUGAAACGCUCAGCUCGUCAUUGUCUCUUCUUACUCGGCCGUUCAGUCAUCAGAGUGAAUGAGGCGUAGGACAAAUAUCACAAAAACCAACUGGCGCUUCAUCCAACGACAGCAACCAAAGCGCACAGCUAAAUAAAGCUGGCAAGCGCCUACAGUCGGUGUCCACCUUGCAUUUUAAACUGAGUUCAAACGCUUUGGUGUGCACGCCCCCUAAGACCUGCAGCACUGUUCACCAAUGUCCUGAGGCCUGUAUAUUUUUGUCUGGUACCACUGGCACCCAUCUACUUUUAAUGCAUGUGAGUGAACGGUUAGACAUUCUGCUAAACUUCCAAUUCUGAGUUUUACAGAAUAAAGUAAAUCAUACUAGUUCGGAACAACAAAUGAGGGCAAGUAAAUGAUAAAAGAAUUGUUUUUGCGUAAACCCUUUGAAGUGGUUUGAGCUUAAUCCAGGACUAGGCCUUAGUAUAAUUAGGACGUUUAAGUAGUUUUUACAAACAAACCUUACAGAAACAAUACUGGUUUGCAUCUUGAGACAAAACAAUGGCAGUGAUAUAUUAAGAUAUGUCAGUAACGUGUUUUUAAAUUAACCUCUUAAGACCCAAGCUUUGGUUUGGCUUGCAUUUCAGAUUUCUUCCAGCUAUUUGGAGUUACAAAGAACCAAUAAAUAUAAUAACCAAAUAUUUUUCUUUGAACAUGAAGCAGUGUAAUUGUCCACAUACAUGAACAACAAGUUCCAGUUACACAGAAUUAAGUAUUAUGGUGCAAACAACAAAUUUUUUUUUAAAUCAAUAAUUGUAACUACUACUACACCAUGUCUAGGAAAAGCCCUGUCCGGGAAACCGCCCCUUUGAGUUUAUAUUUAAUUAUUAGACAUAACUGAUUCUUUGUGACUGUUACACAAGGUUUUUGACGUUACAGUAUUUGAUUUUUUUUUGUAACACUACAAUAAAGUUGAAUUUGUUAACUUUAGUUAAUUAGGUUAGCUACACUGUAAAAAAUACGCAGCAUUUUUCUCAAAUCAAGACAUAUUUUAUGUGUUACGUUAACUUUAAAAUUUAAUUUGAAAUUGUUUAAUUAAUUUUUUUAAGUUAUGUCAACUUUUUUAAGCCAAAAUUUAAAAUAGUAGGUUAAAUUGACUUGCAAAACCAAGUUGUUUUAACUUCGUGCUGCAUUUUUUUUAACAGUGUAACGUUAGUUAUUAGUUAGGGAUUAAUCAGCAGUUACAAUUUAUUGAUAAAAACAUUUUGAUAAAUGAUGGUAAGCACACAGUUGAUGGUACCCAUUAACUUCCUUAACAUUUGUUUUUUUUCUACAAUGGAAGUCAAUUAGUUCCAUCAACUGUGUGCUUAACAUUAUAAAAUCUUCUUUUGUGUUCAACAGAAUAAUGAAACUCCUAAUGGUAAUUUCUGCAUUUUUAUUUUUUAAAUCAAUAAUUGUAACUACAAACAUUAAUUAAUACACAUGAACAAUUGGCAAUAACUAACAUUUAUAAAUAUGAAUAAAGCUGAAAUACUUUCACACUUAUUGCAUAUAUUGCACAUUGUUAGUCCGUUUAGCUAAUGCAUUUACUAAUGUUAACAGAAACAACCUUAUUUUUAAGUGUUACAUAUUUUUUAUGUAUUGACAUGCCAUAUUCAGAAAAGAUUAUUUAUUAUUUUACCAAGUGCCCAGCCACUGACCUCUGAUAAUUCAAACUAAUAAUUAGAGUGCCGUAAUAGUGCCAUGUAAAAAUCUCCAAUUUUUAAAAAUCCUCCUUGAAGCAACUUGAGGUUAAAGUCAAGAAUAAUAAAACGUAAUGCGAAUAUUGUUAAAAGUGAGAAAUCACAGUAUUACAAGAAAAUAUUAUUUCUGGACUAUAUUUAAAUGAAAUAUGAUCUGUUUUAGUUAAUAAAAAAACUAAUCUUCAUACGCUGCAUUUAUUUUUCUGUUUUUCUCACAACAUAACUACCAUAAUCUCAUAAUGUUGUGACUUUAUCCUUGCAAUUAUGAUUCUUUUCUUCACAUUUUAAUUAUAUUAUUCUGUCAUAAACUGAAUAUAUUUUUAUUUUGACCCAGAGCUGAACUGAAUGAUAAACCCUAACCACUGUUGUUUUCAUCUGCCGUUGAUCUGGUACUGCCUCAUUCGGAGCUCAUGGUUUUGUUGUGAAUUGUUUAGGGCUGUGUGCUUCUGCACUGUGAUUACGUUUGUACAAAACACAGAUGAGUCCAAAGUGAUUGUUUCACAUGGACACUGCAGGUGCUUGUAACGACUGUGAUUAAAUCAUUGUUU